AGCAACAUUUGUUUACAAAUGUAGCUAGCUAGGUAGAAAGCAAUCAGCUGGCAAUCGGCUAUUCAACGCUAGUUCAAUAACAAAAUGAACGGAAUUCACCCUGUGUUGUUGUCUGACGCAUAGUCAUUCACAUGGCAUUAUCUACUGUGAGAUUAACAUAUAUCUUUAGUUUGGUUUUAGCUAGCUUGCAUCAUGAAGUUGGCAAGCUAAAUGGCUUGCUAGCUUUGGUAUCAGUAUUAGGUAGCGACGAGAUUUUGGGGGACAAGUGGGUCGUGUGGUAUUUCUGCAAGCACAUUAUGGAAGGAGUUCUCUAUAAGUGGACAAAUUAUAUGACAGGGUGGCAGCCGCGCUGGUUUGUUUUAGACGAUGGGAUCAUUUCCUACUAUGAUUCUCAAGAUGAUGUCUGCAAAGGAAGCAAAGGAAGUAUUAAGAUGUCCGUCUGUGAAAUCAAAGUUCACCCCACUGACAAUACCAGACUGGAACUGAUCAUACCAGGAGAGCAGCAUUUUUACGUCAAAGCUGUCAAUGCUGCCGAACGUCAGAAGUGGCUUGUGGCACUUGGAAGUUCCAAAGCUGGCCUUGCUGACACGGGGCAAAGAAAAAAAGAAAUAACAGAGACGACAGAAUCUCUGAAAACGAAGAUGUCUGAGCUGCGUCUCUACUGUGACUUGCUAAUGCAGCAGGUCCACACAAUAAAGGAGUCUGUGGACCAGGAGGACCAGGAAGGAGACCACUUCAAUUCCAGCUCGGAGACUCUGAAUGAAGCCUCCUCUUUACUGAGUGCCACGUGUAACACCUUCAUCAAAACACUGGAAGAAUGUAUGAAGAUGGCCAACUCCAAGUUCAAGACAGACAUGGUGCUGUUGAACCCUCCAGAUGACAUGAUGAUGUCCCCUGUUUCUCCGUCCCCAGUACAGAUGGCCCGGAUGAAGUGGUCCAUAAAUCACCCGGGCACGUACAAUUUCGACAGGUCUGGCCUCCCGCCAAAGGAGGGUGUGUUAUCAGGUCAAAGGUCAACCCAGAGGAGGACACGGACUUGUUCGGACACAGAGGCUCACAGUGACAGCUGUGUUUAUGAGAUGGACCGCGCUGCUGUGCUGUGUCUCAAUGCCAGUGUGAACAGGGACUCCUCCCACAGUAUCCCUGAGGAGAGUGGUGCCAUCAGUCCUACCAGUCCCAGAGCCAUGUCAGACACAGACACUCCAGAGACUGACCUGUCUAUCUGACCUGUCCUGUCACUCACCAAAUACAUUACAGUGGCUUCAGAUAAAGAGAGACUGGGCCCGAAUUCACAAACUUUCAUAAGAAUAUAUUUGAGAGGUUCUAAGAAAAUCAUGAAUUCUUACGAAUAUUUUUGAGGAAUUGCACUUAUGAACAAUAUUAUGGACUUUUUUUUAAAAUUUUCUUAAGAAGCUUAUUUUUUCUUUAGAAGUGUUUUGUGAAUCCAGGCCUUGGAGUUGAGAUUGGUAGUCUACUGUCAAGUAACUGGUCCGUCUGGUCAAUAGGCCUGUGCAAACUUGUAGGCAUAGUACUGUAUAUAUUUUAUGAAGAAUUAAUAAUGACUUGGCUAAAGCGUAAAUAGUUGUGAAUUCUGCAGAGCUGUAUGUAAUCAGA